CCUACAGGGCUGUAUUGGUUUUAUGUUUCCUCCGAGAGCCGCACAGCCAUUCGGACUUCCCUAAAGGCUUAAUGCCCACCCAUUGUCAUCUAAAGUUGUAGUUCAAAUAUGGCUGAACUCACCAUCGUAAUGGACGCUGUCGGCCCUAGUCGUUACAUUCUCUCUACCAGUCCUUCGAUCAACUGGCCUUGAUUCGGAAAGAGUGCUUUCUUGCUUCCUGCGUGCCAUUCUUUUGACCACCCACUCACAUUCUAUAUUCACGUUCAUUACGACCAUCGACUGUUUCGAUCAUCAUAACUGGCCCAAGAUGCGGUUCAACAGCUUCACCCUCCUUCUCCUCGGCCUGCUGGGUCUCCUUGCGGUCUCUGCUCCCAGUCGAUCGAACACCGGAGACAAUGGCGUUGUCAAAGUCAUCGACAUUCCCCAUGGUGUCGAUGUUGGACUGACCGCCAAAAAUCUCGAUCUAGGCGCUGCCGACACCCAUGAUCUGGAAAAACGACGUGGACGUAGUGGUGGCAGCCGAGCCACUAGGCGGCCCAAGAAGACACGGACGAAGAAAAAGAAGACCAAGAGGCCCACAAAGAAGAAGCCAACCAAAAAGAAACCCAUCAAGAAGCCUAAGAGCAAGAGGCCGACCAAGCCCAAGAAGCCGACCACCACCAAACCCAAAAAACCUACCAAGUCCGCAAAGCCCCAGUGCAAAAAACCCAAGCCCUGCAAAGGUAAAAACUGCAAGCGCGUCGAACCCGCUGCGGGCGCCUCCUGCCAACUCCAAACCAAGGAGAAAGAGACUGUAAACUACAAAACCGCGCUCGCAGCCGCAAAGCGCGCUGGCGUCCGCCACCUCUCCAUCGGGCAAUCCUACCUCCUCGUCCACCGCGACUCGCGCACGCCCAUGACGCACAAGGUCCUCGUCAUGGGCAAAGUCAAGAAGAACUUGCAGGGCCAGCUUGACUUCGAAGCCACAGGCAUCGACCUCGAGUGGGAUACCGACGUCAAGAACGAUCUUCUGGCGAAGUGCACGCAGCUUUACGGGGCGCGGUGCGAGCACCACAAGAUCGAGCCGUAUAAGUGCGAGUACUCGAUUGCGAAGCACAAGCAUGGGAGCUAUAAGUUUGCGGGGAGCGCGAGGCCUGAGUUUGCGGAUCCGGAAGUGUUCAAAGAGACUGCCAAGGAUAUCAUCGAGAAGCACAAGACGUACAGCUACUUUUAUAAUAAUUGUAAGAAGCAUGUUGGCCGCGUGCAGAAUGUUGUUGCUAUGCCUAAAAAUGAGGAUCCAGCUUAUCCUGACGAGUGGGAGAACUUCUAGGAGUAGACGUUCCCGAUAGAUAGAUUGAUGGAGGUAGGUGGGAGUCAAACUGUGCAAUACCCUGCCUGCAUGUAGUAUCGAUGAC